AUGGCCUCAGACACAGCAGCCAUUGAUCGUCUACAGGCGUCCGUCGUGGACGGGCGCACAGAAAACGGGCGGUACCGACAGGACCAGCUCCAGCGCCUCCACAGGACCCUCCGCGAGGAAGCCAGCCAGAUAAUCGCAGCCCUGGUGGCCGACUCCAAGUUCUCCAGCUCCGAGGUGGACGCCGAGUACUAUCUGGGCAUGGAGGCUGUGAGGCACUUCUACGACAGCCUGGACUUUGAAAAGGACCUGAAGGAGGAGUACAGUGUAACGCGCGGCGAGGACAACCUGGGGAGGAGGAUCGGUGCUGGCCUGGUGGUCAUAAGGCCAACGACUCACACUCGCUUCUACUCGAUCGUGACUCCGCUGGCAGCUGCUAUCGCGGCUGGGAAUUGUGUUAUACUCGAGCUCUCAGAGACCUUGUCGCAAGUCGACUCGGUACUGCGCCAAGCCCUCACCAAAGCGCUGGAUAUAAACACAUUCUACGUUAGCAAGACCACCACAGACCAGUCCAUCCUGGACGAUGCGAUCCUGGUCGACCAGACGAGCAAUGCGCCUCCGAGCACACUGACAUCCCAGCUCCUAUCCUCGUCGCAAACCCGCUGCGUGGCUAUUGUCGACCGGAGCGCAAAUAUCGACGAGGCUGCAAGAGCCAUCACAGCCGCGAGAUUCAAUUUUGGUGGCUCAUCACCAUAUGCGCCGGACCUGGUGUUGGUCAACGAGUUCGUGAAGAAGGAAUUCUUCGAGGCAUGCUCCCGGUAUGCGACACUGUCGUUCGCCAAGGACAGCAGCGUCAGGAAAGUAGGCGGGGACCGUAGUGAACAUGUUCAAAAGGCGAUCAAGGACGCCGAGGACAAGAAGCAGGUGUCGAGCUUUGGGUCCAACGAUUUCAAGCUGGUCGAUGUCCUGGACAAGUCCUCUCCCAUCAUGGACCUCAAGAUCACAGGCCGCUAUCUACCAAUUGCAACAUGCUCGAGCCUGACAGACGCCAUCUAUAACCGGGACUUUGAGAACCCACUCCUGGCAGGUUACUUCUUCGCCGAGCCGGGCUCAGCCAAAUAUCUGGCGCACUUCCUGCCCUGCCACGUCUCGCUCAUCAACCAGAUCCCGACGCACCUUCUCGUGGGGCCAGCAGCGCCCACGGCACACGCGCCCGACUUCCAACACCGGUACAGCCGCGACAUGUUCUCGGUGGCCCGGCCGCAGUUCGUGCAGAAGCCGCCAGCGGCGCUGCGGAAGGCCGACGAGCUGCUGUCGGGCGGGCCUAACAAGGGCGGCGUCACGGCGUCGGCGCUGCGGGAGGCGGCAACGCAGCCGCUGGCGCCGGUCAAGCAGUCAAGCAAUAAGGCUAUUGGGUUCUUCGAACAGGGCAUUCUGACAGGCGCGGCCUUAUACCUGUCGAUUAUCCUGCCGGCGGUGGGCUACUCGACUUACUUCUUGGGGAGGAAAGGCGUGGAAUAUGCACUCAAAUUCAGACGCUGA